GUACGAACGAGACGAUUUCGGCAAUUUGAUAAUACCCUCGACAGAAUGUCUUCCUCCUCAUCCGCAGCACCUCAGAAGAAGGCCUUGACCAAGGCGCAACAAGACAACCUUCAACAACAAUAUUCAACACAGAAACAAGCGCUUCAAGCCCUCGCCCAGAAAAUCUCCGAGUUAGAAACCGAAACAGACGAACAUACCCUCGUCCUCGAAACCCUGCAACCUCUCCCCGCCGAUCGUAAAUGUUUUCGGAUGGUUGGUGGUGUACUAGCCGAGAGGACUGUUGGUGAGGUUAUGCCGGCAUUGGAGUCAAAUCUGGAUGGGAUCAAGCAGGUUAUGGACCAGUUGUUGGAGCAGUAUAAGAAGAAGGAAGCGGAAUUUGUAAAGUUCCAGAGGGAUAAUAAGAUCCAGGUCGUCGGAUAACCAUUUCAUCAUGGAUCGGCGACGGCAGGUGGGAUGGGAGCGAAGAUAGAGGAGGUGGAAAACGAU